AUGUUCUCCUCCUCGUUGUCGGGCAGCAGGAGCGCAGUGUUCUCGCCCUGGUCCUCCAUGGAGCAGACGGACCCUGAGGUGCUGGACUUCAGCACCAAGGUGCAGGCCCAAGGGGUGCUCUGGAAGAGGCCUUUCGGACGGCCCUCUGCCAAGUGGUCCCGCAGGUUCUUCAUCAUCAAGGACAGCUUCCUGCUCUACUACGCAGAGAAUGAGAAGAAGAACUUUGAGACCAGCCGGUGCUUCAACAUCCACCCCAAGGGAGUGAUCCCGCUGGGCGGGUGCGUGGUGACGGCCAGCGAGGACCUGGGCAUGCCCUUCGCCAUCACGGUCGGGCUGGACGGCUUCACGGGUGCUGUGGUACUGGCCGCCGACUCUUCGCAGGAGCAGAACCAGUGGAUGGAGUUGCUGCAGGACUCUGGGAAAAUCACCUGGAAGAAUGCCCAGCUCGGGGAGGCCAUGAUCGAGAGCCUGGGGGCCCAGGGACUACAGCUGGCCAAGGAGAAGCAGGAGUACCUGGAUAAACUGAUGGAGGAGACAGAGGAGCUGAGUUACCAAAGGGCCCAGACGGAGGAGCUGGAGCGUCUGAACCAGGUUCUGGCGGAAGAAAAGAUGAAGUUUGAGGAGGUGGUCUCGGAGUUGAAGUCGGAGCAGGAGCAGAUUAAAAUGGACCUGGACGGAACGGCUCACUGCCUGAAAGGCGUGGAGACGGAGAAAGAAGAACUCAGCAGCUUAACGGUUUUACUGCAGAAGUCCAUUGAGGAGUUGUCUCAGGAGAAGCGCAGGACUCUGGAGCUCCUUGGCGUGAAGGUGGUGCCCCCCCACCCGGAGCAGGAGGGGCCUGUGGGGGGGGAGGAGCAGGAGGUGGAGGAGGAGGAGGAGGACGGGGACCUGCUCCAGGACCUACGUCACAUCGAGGACCAGAUGAAGCUGCUGCUGAUGGAGAAGGACACGGCCGAGGCCAAGUUGAGGCAGAACGAGCACAGGUCCCAGCUCCUCCAGGAGGAGAGAGAGUUCUACUCCUCCCAGGCCCACACACUGCAGCAGUCUCUCGCCCAACUCACCGUCGACAAGCAACAGACAGAGGCCGAGCUGCAGGCGGAGAUGGAGUCCCGGGUGCAGCUGGAGACCCGGCUGCAGCGGGCGGAGGAGGCCCUCCAGAACCUGGAGAACAGCCUGAGCUCCCUGGAGAGGAGCAGCGCCACCGAGGAGAGGAUGAGGGGCGAUGUCACCCAGCUGAGGAAGUUCUUCGAGGAGUGUAUCUGUGCGUCUGAGAUCGAGGCCAAGCUGCCGGCCAUCAUGAAGAACGCCGUGUACCUCCACAAGGCCGCCGCCCGCCGCAUCAAGAGCUGUAGGGUGCAGCGCAGGGCCUCCCGCCGCCACUGGCUGAAGCACUCCAAGUCUUUUGCCGUCUCCCAGGGCAACAGCGAAGGGGGAGACGGGGGAGGCAGCAUGGAAGAGCUGAGAGAGGCGGCCUGGAGGCUGACGGCCGACAGCGGCUUCAGAGAGGGCGUGUACAAGAUCAUCACACGCAAGAACGCCACCGCCGAGCACGCCACGGAGACAGAGAGCGGCUGA